CACGUCAGGGCCGAGCCCCUCGCCUUCCCUCCGCCCGCGGGUUCCGCCGUCCCGCCGCUCCUGUUCCCCGCGUCCCGCGUUGUGCUCCCGCAGCCACCGCCUCAGCCCGGCCCGGCCCCGGACCCCGCUCCUCGACAGCCACGCAGCGCGAAGAUGGCGGCUUUCAAAUUCCUCCUGCCGCCCCUCGGCCGCCGCAUCCUCCUCCCCGCAGCGCGCAGGGCUGAGAUUUGUGGAUGCUAUUUUUCUACCAGCUGUCAUCGCAACACCAAAUUUUACACUGAUCCUGUUGAAGCUGUAAAAGAUAUACCCAAUGGGGCAACUAUACUUGUUGGUGGUUUUGGAUUGUGUGGGAUUCCUGAAAACCUUAUUGGGGGUUUACUGAAGACUGGAGUAAAGGGAAUAACAGCAGUCAGUAACAAUGCAGGUGUUGACAAUUUUGGGCUCGGUCUUCUGCUUCAGACAAAACAGAUAAAACGCAUGGUGUCAUCGUAUGUUGGAGAGAAUGCUGAAUUUGAACGCCAGUAUUUAUCUGGUGAGCUUGAAGUUGAGCUUACACCACAGGGUACACUUGCUGAACGUAUUAGAGCAGGAGGAGCAGGAAUCCCAGCAUUUUACACCAGUACUGGCUAUGGGACGCUGGUGCAGGAAGGGGGUGCACCCAUCAAGUACAACACAGAUGGCACCAUUGCCAUUGCCAGCCAGCCAAGAGAGGUGAGGGAGUUCGAUGGCCGUCACUUUAUUCUGGAGAAAUCGAUUACAGGAGAUUUUGCUCUUGUGAAGGCAUGGAAGGCUGAUCGUGCCGGAAACAUAAUUUUCAGGAAAACUGCAAGAAACUUCAACCAACCUAUGUGCAAAGCUGCAAAGACAACAGUAGUAGAGGUAGAAGAAAUUGUUGACAUAGGAGCAUUUGCCCCAGAAGAUAUUCAUGUUCCCAAAAUCUAUGUUGAUCGUCUGUUACAAGGAGAGAAGUUUGAGAAAAGAAUUGAACGCUUAUCAAUCCGAAAGCCUGAAGACUCAGCAGCCAAACAAAAAAAAGGAGACAAUGUGAGGGAGAGGAUCAUCAAACGGGCUGCUUUAGAGUUUGAGGAUGGCAUGUAUGCUAAUCUGGGUAUUGGAAUCCCACUGUUGGCCAGUAACUUCAUUAGUCCAGACAUAACUGUUCACUUACAGAGUGAAAAUGGAGUCCUGGGUUUGGGUCCUUAUCCACUUGAAAAUGAAGUAGAUCCAGAUCUGAUUAAUGCAGGUAAGGAGACAGUCACUGUUCUUCCAGGUUCUUCCUAUUUCUCUAGCGAUGAAUCAUUUGCAAUGAUAAGAGGAGGUCAUGUUGAUUUGACAAUGCUUGGAGCUAUGCAGGUGUCUAAGUAUGGUGACCUGGCCAACUGGAUGAUUCCUGGUAAGAUGGUGAAAGGAAUGGGGGGUGCCAUGGACCUGGUAUCCAGUGCACAGACCAAAGUGGUUGUCACCAUGGAGCACUCAGCAAAGGGCAAUGUCCAUAAAAUCUUGGAAAAAUGCAGUUUACCACUUACUGGAAAACAAUGUGUUGACCGCAUCAUUACAGAAAAGGCAGUGUUUGAUGUGGACAAGAAGAAGGGAUUGACCCUCAUAGAAAUCUGGGAAGGGCUGACAGUAGAUGAUAUCAAGAAAAGCACUGGCUGUGACUUUACAGUUUCACCGAAACUAAUACCAAUGAGGCAGAUUUAAAUGCGAAUUACAGACUGGGCUUAAUUCCUAAGAAGGUUUGUUUCCAAAUGGAAGAAACUGAUGACUGUCUUGCAAUUUUACUUUUUUUUUUCCUUUUCUUAUUUUUUAAGGGCUCUCUAAGUAGUUUCCAGAUAGUUAAACUCAGGCUGUGACUAUAAGCCUAAUUGUAUUCUGCUUUCAUAACAUUAGCAACUUUAUUGGGUUGGUGAAUAUAUUCUCUAAGUUUUGAAUCAUAUUAUAGUAAAAUGUUAAUGGUCAUUGUAAAAAAGAAAAAAAAAAUGCCUUGUAGUGUGUCUGCCAAAUACUAGGUAUUUUUACAUAGAAUUAGAAAAAAAACAUGUAAAACUUAUGAUUGCCUCUGUGUUUCCUGAUACCUGUUGCUCUGGAACUGCAGCACUUAUCAUGUCCAUUCUCCUGUAAAGGUGUGGGUUUUUGUUUUCUGGAGUGAUCUAUAACAAAUAUAUGUAUCCUGUAGAGAGAUAAUUGGAAUAUGGAUGUUCCUUUUCCUGAACCUUUUCAUUGGUCUGUAACAAAAUUGUUUAAACCAGUGGAAAUAAUUGGGACCUAAAUAUAUCUGCUGUUUCCACAGUGUGUGGCUGUUGGUAUUGAGAGGCCUACACCUCCCAAGGUCCAACUAUGACCCUUCAUAUUUCAGUCAUACAAGCUAGAAUAGGGCUAGUGUGAAGGCGGAAGAUGAAAAAGUGUCUGUCCUCAUGCAGACAACUGGUAGCUGCACAAUUUCCCAUGUGAACUGCUCUUAUUCUCCAGAUGUAAUGCUCCUCCCCAACUCCCAAAUGAAUAUUGUUUCUGGAGUCAGGUCUGUCCUUCCAGUGUCUCACAGAGAAGCAGGGGAAGAGAAGGUUGUGGACACUCUGAAGAUUCUUCUGAAGGGAAUACAGAUGGUUAAGGGUAAAAGCAAUAUGCACCACUUGUCAGUCAAGGUACCAGCAAAAUCUAAACAGUUUGGAAUGCAAAUUCAUUAUAACUUGAGACAAUCAAAGCAAAAAGACAUUAUCUGAGAGUAAUUUUGAUGAAGGCCUUCUUUUCCCUGUUAAUUACAAAAUCAUUUUUAUAGUUUGUUACUUUUGCAAACAGAUAGCAUAACAGCUUUGGAUCUCACAUACCAAAUCAGUACAAUAUGUCUUUAUUAUACAGAGCACGAAUUGACUGGAAAUCGACAUUUACUAAAAUACAGUGUUCUCUGCAAUAUAAUGGUUUCUGUCAUUUCUGUCAUUUGUAUAAAUAGGAGCAUGUAAAACACUUCAGUUAAAAUAAUUCCUGACAUAAUGUGUGACAUCAGGACUGGAGCAUAUUAAGUUACUGAAAAACAAGUAAAAUGUAGAUGCACAAGGAAACAUUUACAUAAUGCCUAUCAUACAUGUAACAAGCAUGUUAAGCACUUGACAUAGAAAGGCAUUCUAAUACUAAGUGAAUAAGGGAUUCACCCUAGUCAAUGUGUGUUGUGGAAUGAAUGUGACGUAUUUCUUGGGCAACCAGACAGAAAACUUGUGCAAUAUUUAGCUCUUGUACCUAGCCUUUGUACAGCAUUUUUCCAUUCUAAAACACUAAAUGCUUCUCUUUCAUGGAACAGUUGCAAAAUUUGACUUGAUCCACACAUGGGUUUUACAGCAGUAAAACUGCUUUGAUUGGAGGUAUUAUAUUGUAUAGUUGCACUUACCCUAAACUAUUCUUUGAUAAUCUCUUGUCAAUAUCAUAACAGACUACCCUUCAUCCCAGAAAGAAAUAAACAAAAUGCCUUUGUAAACACCAUUAUGCCAGUACAAAAGUAUUCCCAUAGUACUAAGCUGUGACUUGAACUCGUGGCUGGUAGUGGGUGGUAGGCCAUUGUGUAGCCUGAAUCUAUAGUCAAGACCUGGUGCUGUGGGAAAGAAAUGUGUUGUACACUGAAAGACCAGUGCUAAUUUCAUGAUUAACAUAUAGAGGUGAUUUGAUUGAUAUGUAAUUUGCAUUGAAGACUUGAAACUGCAUUUAUUGUAGUGCUCCAGGAUAUCUUAACACAGCAUGUUAGUUUUCACAUGUUUUCUCUAUUUAGGCUAUUUAGAUGUAGUCCCUGUGUUACUCACUCAUUCCAUACAAGUUUGACCAUUUAUUUUGCUGUGAAAGCAGACUCAAGUUCUGCAUACAGAGGUUUUGAAGAUUAAUAAUCUGUAUAUAAUAAAACCUGACUAUUUUAGCUCACUGUAGACAGUUUCAUUUUUGAAUAGAGUGGCCCAGAGGCCUCUUCCCUAAUCCAUGAAGAAACAUCAGUGGCAAUUCUGACCCUUGUGCUGCUGUACACAGCAAAAUGUGCCUGUCUUUGCCUUCAGGGCCAGAGAUGGGUGAAGAGCUACUCUGAGGGGAUGGGUAUAAUCCCUGAAAGCAUUUAGUUCAUCUUCAGUCAAAGCUCUUGUAUAGAGUACCCAAAAUGGAUGAUGGUUUUAGGGGAGAAUUACAAAAAGUAUUAUACAGGGGGAGGCAGUUACUGUUAACUUAUCCAGAGGGGAAAAAACCCCACAAAAACAAAAAGACCAAAGAACACAAACAUUUAAGUAGAUGGGCAAGUCUUAAAGAAAUCUAUAAAUGAAAAUGCUGAUCUAUUGUAAUUACCUAUGCUACAUUAGUUGUAGGACUGAUUAGUUAAUUACAGCGAACAUUUACACAUCUGUGAAGUACAGGAGAAGUGUCUGAGGGUAGGAGCAGGUGUAUACUGCUUCUGCCAUAGGGCUUUGCUUUGCUGGUACACGCACAGCAGCCAUUGUUGUCAUUAAUACAUGGCUAUAAAAAGACUAAUGACCUGGUAAUGUUUGGGAGUUUAGCACUUUGGUUUCUGAAUCAAAGAAUUAGGACCCAAGAACUCCUGAUUUCCAGUUUUCUGGUUCUCCACUUACUGCCUUGUGGAAUGACAGCUGUGUUCUCUGCCUUGUCUCCUGUUGCUGGAAAAGGGGAUGUUUUUCUUCCUACCUCACAGGGAUGUUGUGAGGAAAAAGAAGCUAAGGUCUGUGCAAGAGGUUAUUUGUUUUUCUUCAACUUGGGGAUCACACUUGAUCAAGAGUGUGGAAGAGUACUUGAAGACUGUCAUACCUGCUGUACAUUUGAGUUCUGUGUCUUAUUUGUGUCAGUGUUAAUGCCAGAAAGCAGAAGUCCAUGGUGCUGAAAAUUGGGGAUAAAAGGAGAACAGGCUCUCUCCAUAUACAGCAAUGAUGCUGUUGCAACAGGAGACAAGAUAUGUAUGUCACAGUGACUUUUUUUUACCUUGAGGACAAAAGAUUGUGGUAAAAUAUUGGUAUUGUUAUGAAAAUGUCAUGAGUCCGCACAAGCUAAUUGCAACAAGCUUUGAAUCCACAUCUAAAAUUCAUUUGUUAAGCAAAAAUAAAAAUUAAAGCACUCCUAAGUAUUUCCCUCUCUGUGGACACAGGUGUCGUUCACAGGUAAAGUAUACUCUGAGCAGUAGUUGCAAUAGUCAGUAUUGUGGGGAUGAAGGUUCAUUGGGACUGAAAUCAUUCCCUGCUUGACAGCACUUCACAAUACAAGGACAGUUGAUACUCUGUCCUGAAGAAGAUGAUUCUACUAUAUUAUUACAUUGGACUUCACUUUAUAUUUUAUUGACUUUUUGUCCCUGAAAAAAGAAAAAAACCAUAGAAAACAUAGCUGUGCUGUAAACUCUGCAAACUAAACAUCAAAGUACUUCCUAUGUAUUUGCAAAACAAUAAAUAAAGGUUUGAAAUGGC